AUGAAUUUAUCACUUGAUACAAUCUUAACAAAUGCACGUGAACUUGUUUCACGUUUGCGUCGUGAUGAUGCUACAGCUGAUACAGCUGUAAGUCAAGCACAAUAUGUUCAAGAAAGAAUUCUCAGUAUGAAACAGUAUGGUGAUGAUCUUGCUGAAUUGAAUGAUAUUAGUUCACAUCGUCCAAAAACAGAUAUUCUUUAUAAUAUUCAAAAAGAAAAUCGUCUAAUUAAACAAUUACAACAAGAGAAUGAAGAACUUAAACAAUUAGUAACUGAACAUCGAAGUGUACUAGAAAAAAUCAUGCAUAAAUAUCGACAACAUGUACAACAACUUAAAUUAAUGGAAGAAAAAGAAAAAAUAGCUGUUCAAUUAUUUAAUGCUGGAUUAGCACAGGAUAUUCAAGAAAAAGCAUCAAAAAUUCAAGAAAUGGCAUUAAUUAUGCAACGUGCAAUUGAUAUUGAUGAUACUAAUAAUGCAGCACAAGAAGAACGUAUAAGUGCACUUUUAAUUGAAAAUCGAGGUUUAAAAGAAAUUCUUGCUGUACAUGAAAAUAUGCAUAGACAGAAACCAAUAUUAACAACUAUACCAGAGUCAAUUACAGUUGAAUCAUCAGUUGCACAAUCAAGUUCUCCUUCUGAAAUCAAAAUUACGGAUUCAUCUUCUUCACAACAAGAAUCAUCAUCUUAA